CUACGUGGCGGACAACAAACCACAAAUACCAGAAAACGGCCACCCCUCCCAAAUGAACACUACUCACCCAUCAUCAUCUUCUGGCUAAGCUUUCCUUUCUCCCAAAUGCACGCACUCGCCCCUACUUUUCAAAAACUACACAAAUAAUGGCUUGCACACAACUCUGCCACCAAAUUCUCCGGCCAAACACUGCCUUAUGUGUCAGUUCUCGACGACUUAGUACCUCCGGAGCCACUACCCUUUCAUUCCCAUCGUCCAAGAGAACUUUUAGCCUUGCCCACAACUCCAAAUGGGCUGUAAGACUAAGCUUGGUGGAGCAGAGCCCACAAAAAUCGACUGUGGUCGUCCAACGGUUGGUGGAUUUCUUGUAUGAGGAUUUACCCCAUCUCUUUGAUGACCAGGGGAUUGAUCGGACGGCCUAUGAUGAAAGUGUCAAGUUCCGGGACCCAAUUACUAAGCAUGAUUCCAUAAGUGGGUACCUGUAUAACAUAGCCCUUUUGAAGAAUCUCUUCAGGCCUGAUUUUUUUUUGCACUGGGUCAAACAGACAGGUCCAUAUGAAAUAACAACAAGGUGGAGUAUGGUUAUGAAGUUCAUUCUUUUACCAUGGAAACCAGAGUUGGUUUUCACAGGAACCUCUGUUAUGGGCAUCAACCCUGAGACUGGAAAGUUUUGCAGCCACUUGGACUACUGGGAUUCUAUAAAAAACAAUGAUUAUUUUUCUGUAGAAGGUUUGUGGGAGGUAUUCAAGCAGCUUAGAAUUUACAAGACUCCUGACCUGGGAACACCCAAGUAUCAGAUACUGAAGAAAACGGCAAACUAUGAGGUGAGAAAGUAUGAACCGUUUAUAGUUGUGGAAGGAAGUGUAGACAAGCUCUCAGGCUCCACUGGAUUUAACGAUGUCACCGGGUACAUUUUUGGAAAGAAUUCCGCCAUGGAAAAGAUACCGAUGACAACUCCUGUCUUCACUGAAGCUUUUGAUUCUGAGUUAUCCAAUGUAUCCAUCCAAGUAGCUCUUCCACUUGACAAAGAUAUCAACAGUUUACCCGAUCCAAAUAAAGACACAAUAAGCUUGAGAAAGGUUGAAGGAGGCAUAGCAGCCGUGCUUAAGUUCAGUGGGAAGCCAACUGAGGAUGUUGUUUCAGAAAAGGAGAAAUUUCUGCGGUCGUGCCUCAUCAAAGAUGGUCUUAAACCAAGAGUAGGUUGUUUGCUGGCUCGUUACAAUGAUCCAGGAAGAACAUGGAGUUUUAUAAUGAGGAAUGAAGUUCUAAUAUGGGUCGAUGAGUUCACACUGGACUAGCUAUAGUUGUGGAUCUGAUUCUGAAGAGGCAAAGUUGACUUGUUAUACGAGAUUUAUUAGAAGAUUUUUAUUUUAAUAAUUUUAAAAUGAGAAUUCCUAAGAUACACAAGGUUGACCAAUACUACAAGUUGGUGUAAUCCAAUAUCGAGUUACACGUAUCUUAAUUUAAUAAUUACAUAUCUUAAUUUAAUAAUUA